AGAUCAUGGGUAAAGGAAGAGCCCCCUGCUGUGAUAAGACUCAAGUAAAGAAGGGUCCAUGGAGUCCUGCGGAGGAUUUGCGGCUCGUCACUUUCAUUCAGAAGCAUGGUCAUGAUAAUUGGAGGGCUCUUCCUAAACAAGCAGGUCUGUCCUCUCCUCCUUCAUCAUCAACCAUUUCUCUUCAUUACUCAUAUCUUCAAGUAAUCGUUUUCUAUUUUUUCCGUUUCCUAUCUUUCCUUACCAAACAAAUCUCAUGGCCAAGCAUUCAGCGAGUCUUUUUGUGCUCACCACUUGUAUGAAUUAAUGCGUAACCAUUAUUUCCGAUCUUCUUCAUCAUAUUAUCAGACUAUAUGUGUACAGAUUUAUCUAACAUUUGCAUCUUUUUCAAGUAGUAAUCAUCUUCUUGAGUUCUGAAGACUUGAAAUAAUCAAAUGCCAAAUCGAUGCAAGAUAUUGAUAGUCACAUCAAAAUGGCGAUUGUUAAGAUGCGGGAAAAGUUGUCGUUUGAGAUGGAUUAAUUACCUAAGACCUGACGUAAAAAGAGGGAACUUCACCAAAGAGGAAGAGGACGCCAUAAUAAAACUACACCAAGCUUUAGGGAACAAGUGGUCUAAAAUUGCAUCCCAUCUUCCCGGAAGAACAGAUAAUGAAAUCAAGAAUGUCUGGAACACUCGUUUCAAGAAAAGAUUGGCAUUUAAAAUCUCAGAUUCUAAAGGGAACGAAUCAAAGGAAUCCUCCUCUAUCUCCUCGUCCUCUUGUUCGUCCACCACAAUCAUGUCUGGUGGGAAAAGGAAUAUGGCAACAGGACUUGAUCAACAAUGGAGCCAUGGCUCUGUGACCAAGAGGACUCGUCUCCAGGAUUUGCACAUGGAAGCAACUCUUGAUGAAUUUAGACCCACUAAUAAGGAAGCCAACGAAAUGCCAAGUCCCUCUUCUUCUUCUUCAUAUAAUUCCAAUGUCACUAACCGUAGUCAAGUUGAUGUUUCUGUGGCAGAUGAUCAAAUGGGUUCGCUUUUCAACUUUUCAGCACCUCAUCCUCGCAGUAUGAUAGAGGAUGUUUCUUUUGAGUCAGAUUUAGAAUUUUGGAACAUGUUAGAUGGGUUAAAUGCGGCUAAUGAAGGAGUCCAUUUACAUAAUGUUGAGACUAGCCAAAGCUCAAGUCUUGGAGUUGAAUGUAAUGGGGAAGUGGAAAAUAGAAAGUGGCUCCGCUACUUGGAGAAUGAACUUGGCCUGGAGUCCACCAGGGACGGUAACCAGCAAAAUUUAUCAGCAGUCCCUGAAACUUACCAGUAUGAGAUGCCAUGAAGCCUCCGGCCGAAAGUAAACUCCAUUGUGGCCUUUUUUAUGAAAACUUCACCAAAAAGGUGGUAAUCAAUUGACCUAAUUUCAGUUACAUAUAUAGAAUGUCAAUUCUAAUUAAAUUUGUUACAUAGACAUAUAUGAUGAGAUGACAAAUAAUUUACCUUCUAAUUUUAUCGUGAU